AGCUCGUCACAGUAAGCUAGUUGCACAAUGGACCUCAAACUUUCACUAACAGUUCUAUGGUUCUAGGCUGCGGAAUAUUACGGGAACACCAUUUUUACAACAUAAAUACAUUUUUACAAGGAUUUAAGCCCCACCUCUGUCUGUUCUAUGGUCUUUGUCAGGUAGACCCCUCUGCCAUGUCAAAGAGGCUAAGGACAGACAUUUCCAGCUGCUGUCCGUCCACUACUGCAAUGAUUCUGCUGCACCUGGUCAUCAUGCCAACAGUGUGUGCAAAGAGCCUGCUGCCGUGUAGCCCUGAACUCUUUGAAUUGGUGGAGGCCAUUCUGAAAGAUACUGUUGUGAUGAGCUCCAUUGAAGAAAGACUAUAUACACCAAAUGAAACUGAUUAUAAGAUAUGUCCCACAUCCACGCUGGCAUGCUUUGCAGAUGAAGUGAAAGUGCUUGUGUAUCACAGUCCUGCAUUGCGUGAAACACUCCUAACCAGAAGACUGAUGUCCAUUAACACAAGGAAGGAUAGCGGACGCUGUCGGCAGUGUGAGGCCAACAACUUGGAGCGUGCAGAGACGUUUCUGAGCACACUGAGAAGCAUCCUGCAGCAGAUCAAUGCAUAUGGCUGUGGACGGCAGCCAUGAUGGCCGUGGAAAGGGAAGCGCUUGCAUACGCUCCCCGGCUGAUGACAGAUGUCCUAGCCUUCAUGCAAUACAUUUCCUACUGUUACUUUGGAAUACUCCGGUCUCUUGAAGCUUCUCGCACGGAGCACACAGAUUCCCCAGAUUAAUCUGUUUUAUUUUAAACUAAAGAUUUGUAGUUUGAACAACUAUUGACUGAGUGGUUUUUCAAUAUCACUGCUCAUUGGGACUGUUUGUCCAAAGCCAAAUAAAACAGUUUGACCUACAUAUUAAGAUGACACUCAAGUUUGUUUUUCCCCAAGAAAAACAUUGUGAUAAAAAAAAGAAUUGUGGAAAUUAAAUAUUUCACUCUCUGGAUGAAGAGUGGAAGGUUAUACAUGUAUAUACACUCACUGAGCACUUUAUGAGGUAUUUAUUAGACUUACUAUUUUUGACUUAUUGGUCCUCUGUUGCUGUAGCCUAUGCACUUAGAUGUUUGAUGCGCUGUGUGUUCAGAGAUGCUCUUCUGCAUACCACUGUUGUAAUGUGUGGUUAUUUGCAUUCCUGUCACCUUCCUGUCAGCUUUGAAAAGACCGGCCCUUCUCCUCUGGCCUCUGUCAUCAAUGCUGUUCUGCCCGCAGAGCUGCUGCUCACUGGAUGUUUUUUGUUUUUCCCACCAUUCUCUGCAAACUAGAGACUGCUGUGCGUGAAAAUCCCAGAAGAUCAGCAGUUUCUUAGACACCCAAACCACUCUGUCUCACACCAACACUCAUUCCACAGUCAAUGUCAGUUAGCUCACAUUUCUUCUCCAUUCUGAAAUUUGGUCUGAAAAACAGCUGAACCUCUUGAUCAUGUCUGCAUGCUUUUA